AUGUCAUUACAAGACACCCAUCUCCGGUAUCUACUUGAGGAACGGCGGUGGCCGGUCUCGAGGGUUGCUAUGUGGAGGGCGAUGGCGACGCAUGCAUUUGCCGUGUUGGAGCUUUUUCAGGAGUUUGGGUGGAUUAUUAAUGAGCCAGUGGACCAUGAACGAAAGUGCACGAUUGCCAAUGGAAGCAGAAAGGUUGUCAGCAGCGAAAAGCGCGUGCGGUGGUGCCUCACCGACGGUGCAGACCCCAACUCCCAUAACGUCGGGAAAAACAUUGACGUGCUCAGCCAUGUUGGUGAAUAUGCCGUUAUCCCAGUACUAGAGCUCUUAGCCGCACAUGGUGGUGAGUUCCGGUGUAGCAACGCCGCCUUACACUGCGCCGCGCAUGGUAGCGUAGGCUACAGCACGGAGGAGGAGCCCAUCAAGAUCCUUGCGUGGCUACUGUUGAAAACCGGGAUUAAUAUGAACCAACGGAAACACGAGUUCUCGGGCAUGGAGUCGUGGAGGAGGGAGAUGAUGAAGACGGCGCUGCAUUGCACGGUUGGGGCCGUGAGGGAUCUUGCGGUGGAAAAGGGGUCUGAUGAGGCUGUGAAGAUUUUGGAUGGGCACUAA